AUGCUUUUCACAAACCUUGCUGCUAACGCCCUUGUCGCUUGCGCUGCCCUCUUGCCAUCGGCCAUGGCGGAUACCGAGGAGGUUUCGAACGCUGGGCCACUGGAUAUUACGGUCAAGUUUAACAACAACGAGGUCUGUACCGCUCCGGGGCCAGCACGAGACUAUAGCAAUGGAGCUUGUAUACCACUGGGCGCUGCGGCCAAAGCGGUUAACAUCAUUGAUCGCCGGGGAAGUUGCAAGCUGGUCUCCUAUACUGGCGGGGCUUGUUCUGGAAAUGGCAGGAACCUCGAUAACAACGGAUGCUGGACACUCAGGGGAAGGAAGUCUGUCAAGGUUAGGUGCUAG